UCAAUACCGCAGCCAAUCAAAAACGAAUCUUGCUGCGGUUAUGAGGGUAGAAACCGGAGGGCUUGGAAAUCGGAAGCUUUAAUAUGGUUUUCAGAUUGCUUGUUUUUAGAGUGCGCUGAUGGAUAAAUCAUACAGAAAGCUUGUUUGAAACAGCAAGCUUUAUGGUUUGUGACAGGUUAACCGUUACAGUAGGAGCUAUUGGUACGAUUUCUUUCUCGACACUCGUUUGAACGACAUGCGUGAGUUACAUGUCGGAUAGGCUACAGAAACAGAAUUUACUGGACCAAGAGGAACUCAGUUACGGUUAUUUUUUGUCUUUUUUAUCAUUUCAGUCUGUAUUGUUUGUUUUUGUUUGUAUUUGCUCGAUCUAAUCUGAUUUCUGAAGAAUACACCAGGCAGUUUCUUGCAGUUUCCGGCUGCGGUUUCGCGGUUCAUUCACAACAUAUAGCGAACUAUCGGCCUGCUGUGCGAUUGUUUGCGUGAUGGAGCUACAAGCGGCGAGUUUUAAACAGGAGCCAGUAGAGGAGGACCUGGGGCUGGAGCCUGUAGCCAUCAAACAAGAGCUCCUCCAGACAGAGGUGUUCUCCAUCAAAGAGGAGGUGCCGGAGUUGGAGGAGGCCGCGCCAGAGGGCUGUCCGGAAGUGAGCUGUGUGCAUAUCAAAGAGGAGGUGCUGGACAUGGAGCCGGCCUACAUUCACAGGGUAUUUCCGGACGCUGAGCUUUUCUGCAUGACGGAUUGUGGGCGCGCGGUUGUGGACGGUCAGGGCACAGAGGGAGAAGGGGACCCGGGCACGGAAGCCUUCUGCGUCCCACACAGCUUCUUCCUCUCGGACCGGCUGUCCCCAGCUCAGCGGGGGGGUUGCCCCCACAGCCGGGGUACCCCCCAGCACUUCACCAUCCGUGCCGACGGCUUCACCCCCCGCAUGAAUUUCCCGUGCCCGCGGGACCUGGACCCGGACCACAAGCCGUACCUGUGCGUCGCGUGCGGGAAAGCCUUCCGCCGCCUGGACCACCUGCGGCGGCACCAGAGCAUGCACUCGGGCGAGAAGCCCUUCCGCUGCAGCAGCUGCGAUAAGCGCUUCUCCCUGCGCCGCAGCCAGGAGGCGCACCAGCGCCACUGCAGGGGCCUGCGGGGCUGCAGCUGCCCCAUCUGCGGCGACGUCUUCCAGAGCUUCAGCAACCUGCAGCAGCACCAGCGCAUCCACGACGGCGAGAAGAGCUACGAGUGCAGCCGCUGCGGCCAGAACGACAAGCAGUCCAGCUACUAUCGGCAGCACCAGAGAGUGCACUGCGACGACCAGCCCUACCUCUGCUCGCUCUGCGAAAAACAGAUGGAGUGCUGUGAGAAACACUGACCUCUGCUGGCACAUCCAGGGCACUGCUUGUCCCCUUGACUCAGCCCAGAGGACAGCCCUGUCUGUGGAACAGGAACCCUCUAACACCCCAUUGGAUGAGUGGCAUCCCUUUAAUUUAUUCCUCUUGCUCUCAGCGCUGAACAGUCUGUCAGAAUGGAUACACUCCAUUAAGGGAGUUAUGAGGCAUUUUUCAGUAAGGCAGUGGGUCCUCCCCCACCCAGGGAAGGAUUUAGAAAUGAUUUGUGCAGGGACAAAAUAUGUCCCCCCCCCCCCCCCCCCGUGCACAUGCAUGC